UUGGCAGUGUGGCGUCGCCUCAGAUCAGUUUGGUACUCGGCCGAGUCAAGAUAUUCGUGUGUGUUGUGGCACGACUAUUUUCUUUCUAGUCCAUUCCGUUUUUGUACCAAGAAGCGCCGGCCGUACUUGACCAAGAAAAAUUAACUAUUAGCUGUCGCACGACCCACAACAUUUUGAUUUGCAAUCCGGAUGUUAUACUGUCGUUCACUAUUGGAAACUAUUUCUUAUCGAAGCCGAUUAUUAUGAUUCUCCCCAGUGAAACGUGGCCAUCUCAGCAUCAGAGCGACACCCAUCGCUGAUCUGCCAGUCAAUACGUCAAGGAGGGGAGGGGUUCGUCGUGUAAACAAGUCGUGCGUCACGCAAUCAAACCCAGCAUACAUUCCGCCGGUGGGGAUACAUACGAAAUGGCCCAAGAACUGUUGAUGAACGCGACGACAACAACCUGGUGGCUGGAUCAAAACGACACCACCUAUUUUGACGAUGGAAAUCAAUCGGUUGCCGCCAGCACCGCCGAUCCGGCCUUCGUUCACUUUCGUGACGAGUCCCGAUUUUGGGUUCAAAGAGUACUGCUGCCUAUCGUCGCCACCAUCGGAGUUUUCGGCAACGGAGUUACAAUCUUGGUGCUGACCCGAAGGGGGAUGCGGUCAUCGACCAACGCCUAUUUAACAGCUCUAGCCAUUGCUGAUCUCGUCUAUUUGCUCUGCGUCUUUUGGCUCUCGUUGCGACAUUACCCACACGUCAGGGAGGACCUGGCCCUGUCCAAUUUCUACGCUUAUACCUGGCCCUACAGCCUCUGGCUCACCGAUGCAACCACCAACACUUCCGUUUGGCUGAUUGUGACCUUUACGGUGGAGCGCUACAUCGUCGUCAGUCAUCCCAUCCGCAGCCGGAUGUUAUGCACGGAAUCCCGUGCACGAAAAGUCAUCGUCGGAGUCUAUCUGAUCUGUUUCACGGCCACGCUGUCGACGCCGUUCGAGUGGACCGUCCUGGAAGUGACCGAUCCCGAAACGAACGUCACCAAAGCUGAAAUCACGCCGAGCAACUUGGGCAACGACGAGACAUACCAGACCAUUUACUACUGGUUCACUAGCAUCUCAUUCGUGCUGCUGCCAUUGACGUUGCUCAUCGUCUUCAAUUCGUUCCUGAUCCAUUCGGUGCGUCAGAGUCAGAAGCUUCGCCAGAUCAUGACGCAGCGGCAGACGAUCGUCAGGUCGGACCGUGAGGAACGGGCUGCCUCCAACGAAAUCCGCAUCACCAUCACGCUGAUCGCCGUCGUCAUCAUGUUCUUGGUGUGCCAACUCCCGACGGCGGCGACGCUCAUUUACAACAUUUUUCACGACCCGUCGCCUCAGUCGAACGAGGAAGCCGUUUUGAGAGCUCUGGGCAACAUUUUCAAUUGUCUAGUGUCCGUCAACGCCGCCUGCAAUUUCCUGCUCUACUGCGCCCUUAGCGACAAGUACAGGCGGACAUUUAUGCGCACCUUUUGCCGCUGCGUCUACCGGCCAGGUAGUCCGUUUUUCACCCAAGUUGACAACGACAACGGUCAUCACGGGAAUUACACGCACAGCCGCCAGGCCUCGGUCUGCAUCAAUCAACGCGAUCGAUACUUAUCCACACGGCCAGCACAAAGGCCGUCGGCCACUCGGAAUACUCUCAAUGGCUCUUAUCUGGCCAUACCUGACGGUAACGGAACAAUUGCCCGCCAGAGAACAGCCGCCGCCGACCCUUCGGAACUUUGCCGGAAAUCUUCUGUUCAGUCCAGCAGCCACGGGGGUACACGCAGUCCGAGUCUGCAGUCCAACAUCAGCAGUUGCGGGGCUCACGGCCCAUCAACUACUCUGGUAACGACCAAUGCUCUCUUAGUAAGUAAAGCUACGUCGGCCGAAUCGUCGACUCGCCCACGAUGGCCCAGCAAAUGGUGGGCACUGCCGUGGCCGCAAUCGUCGGCCGCCAAGCCCAAAAUUCCUACCAAUAACAAACCCAGCAACAUCCUUAUCCAAGUCACUUCUGAUACCGCCGAAGAGAUUAACCGCGAUCCCCAGCAGACUGCCGAACAACAUCCCCGACAACAAGUUAGUGACGAAGAAGUAGCUUUCGUUUGACAGUUUUUCUUGCAAGUCUAUCUACUUCUUUCAUGCCAUGCCAAAUCAUCUGGAAAGUCAGGCCCCCCCCUCCACAAAAAUGGGAAUCUGGUGCAUCCCAUGUGGCGGCAUGUGACAGGAUUACGUAUGGGAUUGCAACUCUUAUAUAUAUAUAUGUGCGUACUACCCACCCUUUUCUCAACAACGUAACAUGUUGAAAUGUUUCUUUCGGUCGACAGGGUAAAAAAAGGAAAAAAAUACAGACGGUAUAUAUCUGGUGGCCCUAGCUCACGAUGACGUGUGUUUGUAUCGAUUGCCCAACGUUUUAUGUGCCCCUUGCCUAUACUUGCGUAUAUAAACACACACGCGCACACACAUGAAUAAUUGCAUAUUCAUAUUUACCCGCUCUAUUUGCACCUCCUGCCGUUUGGAAAGGAGAGAUAAAAAAAAACCUCUCAAAACUGUCAAAAUGUUUCAUUGUCUUGCACCACUCAAUACGCGCCGUACUGUGACAAACCUGUGACAAAAAACAAACAGAAAUAUAUAACCUGAUUUCGGUGUCAUGAUGUAA